GCGGAACUUUAUCGAGUUUCGUAUUUCGGGCAGCAGCUGUUAAAUAACACACGAGCUGCAGUUUGGAUAUCGGACAAAAUCAAAACACAGCAAAAAGUUCAGCCUGGGUGUGCAGGUGGUUAGCCAUCAGAUAUGGAUACCACCACCUCCUUAAAGAUGACCUCGACGACUGUCCAGAGUCUGUUCAGCUACGUGGAAGAGGAGAACCUGGCUGCCGUUAAAUCCCAUUUGGACAAAUUCAGAGAAGUGGACAGCAGGAGUGAUAAUGGACAGACUCCUCUGAUGGUGGCAGCAGAGCAGGGCAGCCUGGAGAUCGUACAAGAGCUCAUUGGGAGGGGAGCCAAUGUUAACAUGGAUGAUGUGGACAGUUGGACGGCACUGAUCUCGGCAGCGAAGGAGGGUCAUAUUGAGAUUGUGAGGGAACUGCUGGACAACGAUGCUAACCUGGAACACAGAGACAUGGGUGGUUGGACUGCUGUCAUGUGGGCAGCUUAUAAAGGUUGUACAGCUGUGGCCCAGCUGCUCUUGGAAAAAGGAGCCAACCCAAACAUCACUGGUCAGUACAGCGUCUACCCCAUUAUCUGGGCAGCAGGUCGAGGCCACGCAGAGAUUGUACAUCUGCUGCUACAGUACGGAGCCAAGGUCAACUGCUCGGAUAAGUAUGGUACCACUCCUCUGAUCUGGGCAGCCAGGAAGGGCCACUAUGACAGUGUGAUGCACCUUCUUGCCAAUGGUGCUGACGUGGACCAGGAAGGGGCAAACUCCAUGACAGCACUGAUUGUUGCGGUGAAAGGGGGAUUCACAGAGGUUGUCAAGGAACUGCUGAAAAGGAACCCAAAUGUCAAUAUGACCGACAAGGAUGGAAACACAGCCCUGGCUAUUGCUGCCAAGGAGGGACACACUGAGAUCGUAGAGGACUUGCUGGAUGCUGGCACCUAUGUCAACGUCCCAGACAGGAGCGGGGAGACAAUGCUGAUCGGGGCUGUGAGAGGAGGCCAUGUGGAGAUAGUCAGAGCUCUGCUCAACAAAUAUGCUGAUAUUGAUGUCAGGGGCAUGGAUGGAAAGACUGCCAUCUACUGGGCAGUAGAAAAGGGCAAUGCGACUAUGGUGAGAGACAUCCUGCAGUGUAACCCUGACACUGAAAGCUGCAACAAGGAUGGAGAGACGCCACUGAUCAAAGCCACCAAAGUGCGAAACAUGGAGAUCGUGGAGCUGCUGUUGGAUAAAGGAGCAAAGGUGUCCGCUGUGGAUAAGAAAGGAGACACCGCCCUUCACAUUGCUAUCCGAGGGCGGAGCCGAAAGUUGGCCGAGCUGCUGCUGAGAAACCCUAAAGAUGGCCGACUGCUGUAUCGCCCCAACAAAGCUGGAGAAACACCAUACAACAUUGACUGCACGCACCAGAAAAGCAUCCUCACGCAGAUAUUUGGGGCCAAGCACUUAUCUCCUACUGAGUCAGAUGGGGACAUGUUGGGUUAUGACCUGUACAGCAGUGCUCUCGCAGAUAUCUUGAGCGAGCCCACAAUGCAGCCACCUAUAUGUGUCGGCCUCUACGCCCAGUGGGGCAGUGGAAAGUCUUUCCUUCUUAAGAAGCUGGAGGAUGAGAUGAAGACUUUUGCAGGCCAGCAGAUUGAGCCAUUGUUCCAGUUUUCCUGGCUGGUGGUUUUCCUCACCCUGCUGCUCUGCGGCUCACUCGCCGCGGUCCUCGGCUUUACUGUUAACCCCAAGCUUGCAAUCGCCGUCUCGCUCAGCCUCCUCGCUGUGCUCUAUAUCUUCUUUGUGUUGGUGUAUUUUGGAAGCCGGCGUGAGAGGGAGAGCUGGUCCUGGACGUGGGUUGUCAGCACGCAUCUGGCCCGUCAGAUUGGCUACCUGGAGCUGCUGCUCAAACUGAUGUUUGUCAAUCCCCCUGAACUACCGGAGCAGACCACCCGCGCUCUCCCUGUCAGGUUUUUGUUUACGGAUUAUAAUCGCCUGUCCAGCGUUGGAGGUGAGACCUCCAUGGCAGAAAUGAUCGCUACACUCUCAGAUGCCUGUGAGAGGGAGUUUGGCUUUAUGGCUACCAGGCUUUUUAGGGUUUUCAAGAAGGAUGAGAUUCAAGUUAAGAAGUGGAAGAAGACAUGCUGUGUUCCCUCCUUCGUGCUGUUUGCUUUGACACUGGGCUGCCUGAUGACCGGUGUGGCCCUGCUGGCUAUCUUUAAGGUGGACCCUGAGAACCUGACAGUGAACGCGGUGCUAAUAGCUAUGGCCUGUGUGGUGGGUCUGGCUUUACUGCUCAACUGUAGGACCUGGUGGCAGGUGGCUGAUUCUGUGCUCAACUCACAGAGGAAGCGGCUGCACAGUGCCGCCAACAACCUGCACAACUUAAAAAGUGAAGGUUUUAUGAAGGUUCUGAAGCAUGAGGUGGAGCUGAUGUCCAAGAUGGCCAAGACCAUCGACGGCUUCACCCAGAAUCAGACGCGCAUGGUCGUCAUCAUUGACGGGCUGGACUCGUGCGAACAGGACAAAGUGCUGCAGAUGCUGGACACGGUGCGGGUGCUGUUCUCCAAAGGACCGUUUAUUUCCAUCUUUGCCAGUGACCCCCACAUUAUUAUCAAAGCUAUCAACCAAAACCUCAACAGUGUGCUGAGAGACUCCAACAUCAACGGACACGACUACAUGAGGAACAUCGUUCAUUUGCCAGUUUUUCUCAAUAGCCGAGGCCUCAGUACAGCUAAGAAGCUCUGCAUGGCCGCCACCAGCCAAGGAGACGGCUUACCUGCCGAGGGAUGGCAUGAUGACAUGGACAAGAAGAUGUCUCAGAACAGUUUGGCGCAAGAUCAAACCAAGUUUGGCAGCAAGAAUGCCCUCAAUCGCAGGGACACAUACCGGCGUCGGCAGAUGCAGAGGACCAUCACUAGACAGAUAUCGUUCGACUUGACCAAGCUGCUGGUGACUGAAGACUGGUUCAGUGACAUCAGCCCACAAACAAUGAGGAGGCUGCUCAACAUUGUUUCUAUAACAGGUCGUCUGCUACGGGCCAAUCAGAUCAUCUUCAACUGGGAUCGGUUGGCCUCGUGGAUCAACCUGACGGAGGAGUGGCCUUACAGGACGUCCUGGAUCAUCCUGUUUUUGGAGGAGACUGAUGGAGUGUCUGACCAAGUUAGUCUCAAGACCAUUUAUGAGAGGAUCUCCAAGAAUAUCCCCACCACUAAAGAUGUGGAGCCGCUGCUGGAGAUUGAUGGAGAUAUCCGUAGCUUUGAGGUGUUCCUCUCCUCCAGGACGCCCGUUCUCACUGCCAGAGAUGUGGAAAUGUUCCUGCCCUGCACUGUAAACCUGGACCCCAAACUGAGAGAGAUCAUUGCAGAUGUCCGUGCUGCCAGGGAGCAGAUGCACAUAGGAGGAGUGAACUAUCCCACAAUACCCCUGCAAGAGGCUGUGCCGCGCCCCCCAGCAGGUUAUGGCCAGAACUCUGCCGCCUGUUCCCCAGCAGGUUCCUUCGCUGGAUCUUUGCCUCCUCAACCCCACAGUGCCUAUUUCAGCGGCAUGACUGGCCCACAGCACCCAUUCUACAAUCGGCCUUAUUUUCCCCAUCAUCUGUAUCACCAGCCACGGCAUUAUUCCCACCAUGUCCCCUCAUCCUCACGCCCCUCCAUUAAAUCACAAAGCCAGCCUAUGGACACCAGUGGACUUCAUUUAAAGCCGCUGCCUUCCAAAGUGAAGCAGGUUUCUCCCGCCGUGCUGCUCAGCUCAUUGAACAUGGACGCAGUGUGUGAGCGUCUCAAACACAUUGAUGGUGUCGACCCCAGCAUGCUGCCUCAGUAUACCUCCACCAUUAAGAAGGCUAAUAUAAAUGGCCGGGUGCUGUCCCAGUGCAACCUGGAUGAGCUGAAGAAAGAAAUGGGGAUGAACUUUGGUGACUGGCAGCUCUUUAGGGGGAUGGUGAUGGAACAACGCCAAGCUGAAAGCCAGGCUGUGCUCGAGGAUGAGUCCCGGCCUGCCAGUGAGCAAGGCAGCACCAUUCAACACGGAGAGCCCAGCAGACGCUCGAGGAGAUCCCAGCUCGAUGCAGGGGACUUUAGCCUCAGCCUCAGCUUCGAGGAACUGAACGGGGUGGGGCUGGAGGAGCCACCGCCGAAGCACAUCGACGUCUCGCACUGGCAGGUGGCGAAUGCCCACACCUCCAGCAUGACCAGCCUCAACUCUCAGGAAUCCUCCAACGACAUCUGCAAGCUGACAGACAAGCAGCAGGCUGAGUAUCGAAAUGCUUACAGGGAGUACAUCGCUCAGAUGGCCCAGCUGGAGAUGUCCGGCAGCGGGGGGGAGAGGCCUGUGCAGCCCCACACUGGACAGUUCCUUCAGGCUGCCAGCUCAGAGGACAAAGGGGUUAAGGAACCAGUUGACCAAGACAGUCGCAAGUCCUUCACCAAGAGAGUUUUGAAGUUGAUCGAUGCCACAGACUUCUCAUCGAGCACUGAUGCCCCGCUCCUCGACACCAUCAGUGAAGAGGAUGAGAAGCUGGACCACAGUGCGUUCUCGAAGAAAGGUGCCAAAGAGUACUACAACCAACAAACUAUCGAUGAAGAUUCAGGCUCAGAGGAAGCAGACAACACUACACCCCUCCUCCAACAAGAGCCGAGAGCAGGUGCCUCAUCAUGUCACAGAGCUGCUGUGCCGCCUGGUUUGCUGACCAAACCAGGCUUCCUGGCAGAUCUCCUCCUGGACAAGAAGGACUCAUCUGACUCAGGGAUGCGGUCUAGUGAGAGCUCCUCGGACCCCUCGCUGGAGGAAGGUGAAGAAGACUCAUACAGAGUGAAGCCAGCGCCAAAGUCCGGCGUGACCGAACUGGAGCUGGAAGGUUUGGUGAAGAAGCGAGGCCUCCUCCCUAGCAGCCUGCAGGACACGUCAGAGGCCCGCAUGUCUAUCUGCUCCGAGGCGGCGUCUGAAGUCAGCCUAAUGGUCAGUAGCCCAGAUGAAGUCUGGCCCUCCAGCAGUGACGGCAGCAACCUUAACCACACAUCAAGUAACACCCCCCUUAAUAACAACACAAACAACAGCCACCAGCAGCAUGUCGACUCCACGGACCUGCAGUCAACAACAGCCGUGUCCAUCAGCAACGUGCCUCGAGCCAUCACCAUCAUCCCCGGCCACGCCCCCAACACUACAGCUGCAACUAUCCACCAGAACCAGAACCUGCACACCAUCAGCCUGGGAGACGAGAGGGAGAGCUUCCUGUGAGAAGCCCAGGAGGGUCAUGUGAACGUGUUUGUUGUGACAUAAUUGAUGUUUUAGCAUGUUAUAGAAUGUUGAGAGUAGAAAAAGUAGGACGUGUUGCUGCGAUUCCAAGUAAUCAGUACAUAAAGUUUUGAUAAAACUCAAAGAAAGUUACAUAAAACAGUUACUACUUUUUGUAAUGAUGAAUGUGUUACUGAAAAUUGUAAAACGCUUGGGGAAGGUGUGGCCUUUUUGUGUGUGAUGUGUUCGGUAGCGUUCAGCCGUGAUGUAGGAUCUCGGCGGGUUGGUUUUGUUUGCACGCACUGUCUCCAAAGCGGUGAUCAUCUAUUCCAAAGUGGCUGUGAAACCGAAAUAAAACAUUUCAUCUGCGUGAGA